UAUGUGAAAUACAGGCCAGGAUCACGCUGAGCUUCGUACACAUAGAGCUUUGGACUCAUCAUGUCGCAUUUCAAGCCUAUCUGCUCGAUGCUUCGUGUACUGCUGACCCUCUCGAUGUGGUCCCACUGGGGUGCUGAUUCUUUUGGGCUCAGCCACUGUAUCCUUUCCCCCAACAAACCAGGCCUCGCAAUCUGUACUUCCCAGGCUAUUUCCAACCUGACUUCUGCCAUAGCCCAUCUGCCUAACUCCACUCACUGGCUCAGUGCUUCGCACAACAAUGUAAACAACGUGGCCUCUAAGGCCUUUUCUCAUCUUCCUCACUUGUUGGAACUUCUUCUGGACAACAACCACAUAUCGAGCAUUCAGCCAAACGCCUUUCAAGGUCUGGAGGACCUGGAGUUGCUCGAUCUGAGUUGGAACCACUUGGCUUACGUGGGGCCUUCCAUGUUGGCUGGUCUGAGGAACCUCCGCCAGCUUCACUUGGGUCACAACGACAUAACCUCAUUGCAUCCCAGGGCCUUUGUGUUCCAGAUGGCUCUCCAAGGACUUCACCUGUCCAACAACAAUUUCUCAGUUCUCCAGGAGGUGGCAACAGCUGUGAAAGGCUUAGCCAACCUUACAUUCCUGAAUCUAGAUUUCAAUCAGAUCUCCACCCCAUGCAUGGGUCCCAGCUGGAUUGCUCUGCCUGUCCUGAAGAAUCUCAGCUUAAACAUCAAUGGCAUUUCAAAGCUGGACUUGUCCAAUUGCUCCUUGCCUAGCUUGCAGCAACUGAACCUGACCCAUAAUGACAUGCUGGAAGUGGAGUCUGAAUCCUUCCAUGCCACCCCUGCCUUGCUGGAGUUGUCCUUGGACAUGAACCCCUUUCCCAUCUCCCAUCUUAUCAAUCUGACUCUUCCUAACCUUACCAUGCUGCACUUGUCCAGUAUGAAUCAGUCAUUAAACCGCACCCUGGCUGCAGCUUGCACUGUCUUCCGGGGCCUCCCAUCUUUGACCUCUUUGGACAUCAAGCAUUCCAAGAUUGCGUCCUCUCACUUGAGCCAGUUGGGUUCCUGCGCUAACUUCACGUGGCUGGAUCUGUCUACCACCAACUUCAAGCACUUGCCAGGUGGGGCCUUUGACACCUUUCCAAACCUGGAGUUCCUCUCCUUGGACAAGUGUAAAUUGCUGACCAUCCAUGCUAGUGCCUGGGAAAAGCAGAGGCGGCUACAUACCCUGAUCCUGAGAAGAAAUUCUAUCUCCCAGCUGGAAAAUGCUGUCUUCAAGCCUUUGGUGAGUUUGAGCUAUCUGGAUCUGUCCAAGAACCGCUUGACCAAUCUUCAGAAGAAAUCUUUUUUUGGUAUGGCAGCAUUGCGGAAGCUCAUCCUUCAGGGCUGCCAGAUCACAGCUGUGACCCGUGACACUUUCGUUUAUGCUCGCAAAAUGGAGUACCUGGACUUAAGAGAUAACAGCAUUAAACUGCUCAAGUAUUUUGCCUUUGUGGUCCUCAACCACUUGCAGACCCUCCUGCUGUCAGGGAACAGAAUCCUCACCAUCCAAAGACAUGCCUUUAAGGGACUCAGCUCUCUCAGAAGCCUCUCUCUGGAUCAUAACUACCUCUACAAGCUGCCUACAUCGACUUUUGCCAACCUUAAAAAGCUAGAAACAUUGGACCUCAGUUACAACUACCUCUUCACAUACAACAAGUAUGAUUAUCCUAGCCCUUUUCAGGGUCUCAAUACCCUUCACACACUGAACCUCAGUUCUCAGAUGCCUAGACUGCCCAUCUGUCCUCCGGACAAACUCUUCCAAGGACUUCAGAAUCUCCAGCACCUGUCCUUGGGGGACAAUCCCAGUGCCUUGUUCCUUAACCUCUCCUUUGUCAACCUGACUAGCCUAGAAUCGCUGGAUCUCUCUGCCAUCUAUCCAGGGAGGGAAGGCUUUUGGAGACCUCGUCCAAACCUCUUCCAAGGUCUGAAGAAUCUACAUCAACUCCAGAUACAAGACAACUCUAUCAGGGACUUGCCUGAACAAAUCUUUUCCGAUUUGGAAUCCCUGGAGCAGCUCUCCUUGGGCAAAAAUGAUAUGAGGAACAUCAGUAAAAAGCUGCUUGGUGGACUCACCUCGCUGAAGUAUCUGGAUGCCUCUGGAAACCCCCUAACUUGCACAUGUGAGAACGUGUGGUUCCAUAACUGGUCUAUGUCUGAAAAAAAUACUCAGGUGGCCUUACUGGGCUCCUAUCAUUGCUUCAGCCCUGGCUUGAACGAUCGUCUCUUUGUCCAGCAAGACUUGUCCUUCUGCUUUGAGACUUGGGAAAUGUAUUUCUUUGCUGUGACCACGGCGAUCAUUCUCUCACUUCUGCUUAGUACUUUGGUAAAUGCUAAGUUUGGCUGGACCCUCAGGCAUGGUUAUUAUUUGCUGAAGGGCUGGGGCCAUAGACAGUUGCAUCAGAAAGGACAGGACUAUCAGUACGACGCCUACGUUUCCUGUUGCGGGCAGGACUAUGAAUGGGUGGUGAAGAACCUUCUGGUAAAGCUGGAAGAGGAGGGGGAGCCUACCUUCCGGCUGUGUUUUGGGCCUAGAGAUUUUGCCCCUGGAGAGUAUUUCAUGAACAAUGUUCAGAAUGGGGUAAGCCAAAGCCGCAAAACUUUGUGCCUGGUGAGCAAAAGUUACCUGGAAAAUGAAUGGUGCUCGUUGGAAAUCCAGCUCGCUUGUUCUAAGAUCUACUACCACGGGCAGGACCCACUGGUUGUGGUCUUUCUCGAGGACAUUCCGAACUACAGACUGUCUCCAUAUCAUCGCCUGAGGAAACUAAUCAAGCAAGAGAGCUACAUCAGUUGGCCUGAAAAUCCAGAGGCUGAGAAUGUGUUCUGGGCCAAACUCCGAGAGGCGCUGGAGGACCCUGGAGAACAAGAAGUACAACUCAUUCAGUUCAAAGUGACUGAGUAG